AGAUGCUCAGACAGCUCCUCCUCCUGCCUCUCCUCGCUGCUCUAGCUCUUGCUGAAGACAACUCAAUAGAAUCCACGGGUGUACCUCGCUGCGGUGCUUCACUUCAUGACCUCAACAAAGCAUUAAGGAUUGAACUGAAUGCAAAUGCAAGCUGCGUUUGGCAAAUCCAGAGGAACGCAAACCAAACAAUUAGGCUCAUUUUCUCCUAUUUUAAAUUUGCUCCUUCUUCAAGCUGUGAAACAGAAAGUAUUAAAGUAUAUGACGGUCCCUCAACUAAUUCACCUCUUCUUGGACAAGUAUGUAACGACACUGAUGCAGUCCCAGUGCUUCACUCAUCUUCAGACAGUUUAACUUUUCUCAUAACAACAAAUUCUGCGGCUUUCACACGAAACUUCUUUGUCUUCUAUUACUACUUUUCACCAGAAACAAAAAUUGAAAAUUGUGGGGGACAAUUAACUGGUCCCAAUGGGACAUUUACCAGCCCCAACUACCCAGCAGCCUACCCUGAGUUUGCAUACUGCGUCUGGCACAUACAGACAGCAAAAAACUCGAAGAUAAACUUAAAAUUCCAGGAUUUUUUCCUGGAACUAGACCGAAACUGCCAAUUUGACUUCACAGCAGUCUAUGAUGGCCUCACCACUAACACUGGCUUAAUAGGAAAAGUAUGUGGUCGUGCUCAGCCCGCAUUUGAAUCUUCUUCAAAUGUUAUGACAGUUGUGUUGUCUACAGACUACGCCAACUCCUACAAAGGAUUUUCUGCUCAGUAUACCAGUGCUCCGCUGCCAGGUCCUGUGGAGCCCGACACAUUGCUCACAUGCUCUUCAGAUAGCAUGAAAAUUGUCCUGAGCAAGUCUUAUCUGGCCUCCCUUGGUUAUAACGAAACUCACCUACAGCUGAAUGAUCCAUCUUGCAGUCCAGUUAUAACAGAGUCUGUGAUCUUUUCCUUCCCAUUAGCCAGCUGUGGAACAACUAAAAAGGAUGAUGGUGAGAGCAUCACUUAUACCAACAUCGUAUCUCUCUCUGCAACUGGCAGCAUUAUCACCCGUCAAAAGAGCGUUCAGAUUAUUGCGAAAUGUAAAAUGGAAAACAAUUCAACCUUAGAAGUCAUUUACAUAACAAAAAAUAAUAUAAUCCAAAACACAACUGCUGUGGGAAGAUACAACGUUAGCAUGUCAUUCUAUGAUUCAGAUUCAUUCUCCAAGCCUGUACGCCAGUCCCCAUAUUACGUAGACCUGAACCAAACUCUUUUUGCUCAAGUCAGCGUUCAUUCCACUGACCCAAAUCUUCUGGUGUUUGUUGACACCUGUAUCGCAUCUCCACAACCUGAUUUUGGAUCGCUAACGUAUGACUUAAUCAGAAGUGGUUGCAGUAAGGAUGACACUGUGGUAACCUACCCAACACUUGAACACUAUGGACGAUUCAAAUUUAACGCCUUCAGGUUCCUGCGGAGCUUUCCAUCAGUUUAUCUCCAGUGUGACAUUUUAAUUUGUGACAGCAACAACGCAAACUCUCGCUGUACCGAAGGCUGUAUCUCCAGGCAAAAAAGAGCUAUUUCUUCAUACACAUGGAAAACCCAUACCGUAGUAGGUCCCAUCCGCCUGAAAAGAGAACUCAGGUCUGCUGAUCACUCAGGUUCUACGGAUAAUGAUGUCACUGCUUGA